AUCUAUGCAACAAAACAUGGCUGGUGUGAUUUGUUGGACGUUUGGAUUUCGGUAGCAUUCCGUUUUUUAUUUUGUUUAGGUUAAAGCGUGAAUUUAUUUCGUAUAUCCAAUCCAUGUGGUAUUUUAUCCUUCCUUAAUGUAAGAAAUAGAAGAGAAGUAUAAAGUGAAGUGACGUCUCGAAGCUGUUGUGUAUAUUAUAAUGUUACGCGUUGCUUUUUGAUAUAAGGUAUCGAAGCUAUAAACAUGGAUUUUGGACACCCGCCGCCGAAUAUGGCGAUGCCCCCGCCCGGCAUGGGAAACAUGGGACCGCCCAUGGGUCCACCGGGCCGUAACAAUAUUCGCCAUAAUUUUAGACCGUUCCACUAUCAGAUGAGAUUUCCCCCUCAAGGUCCUUUGAACAUGUCACAAGAUGAUUUCGAUGGUAAACGUUUAAGAAAAUCAGUCAUGCGUAAAACUGUAGAUUAUAACUCUUCUAUUAUUAAGGCCCUCGAAAGUCGCGUUUGGCAAAGAGAUUGGAGGGACAGACAUGCGUUACAGCCCGAUGCUAUGUACACACCUGAUCUCUUACCCCCACCAUCUUAUCCAGAUAAUCCUAUUAAUGCAGUUACAACCCGUUUUGUUAAAACAGCAACAAAUAAAAUGAGAUGUCCAAUUUUUGCAGUAGCUUGGACACCUGAAGGUCGUAGAUUAAUAACUGGGGCUUCAUCCGGAGAGUUUACUCUCUGGAACGGUUUGACAUUCAAUUUUGAAACAAUAUUACAAGCUCAUGAUUCACCUGUUAGGUCAAUGGUAUGGUCACACGGGGAAGGCUGGAUGGUAACUGGUGACCACUCUGGUUUUAUUAAAUACUGGCAAAGCAACAUGAACAAUGUAAAGAUGUAUCAAGCACAUAAAGAAGCAGUUAGAGGUAUUAGUUUCAGUCCCAGUGAUUCCAAAAUUGUUACAUGUUCAGAUGAUGGUACAUUACGUAUAUUUGACUUUUACCGGUGUCAAGAAGAAAGAAUUCUGCGUGGACACGGAGCUGAUGUGAAAUGUGUUCAAUGGCACCCAACAAAAGCAUUAAUUGUAUCUGGUAGCAAAGAUAACCAACAGCCUAUAAAACUGUGGGACCCCAAGUCUGGGACAGCACUCUGUACCCUUCAUGCUCAUAAGUCAACUGUGAUGGAUUUAAAAUGGAAUGAAAAUGGUAAUUGGUUGAUCACUGCCUCAAGAGAUCAUUUACUGAAACUAUUUGAUAUAAGAAAGCUUGGAACAGAAUUACAAAUAUUUAGGGGACAUAAAAAAGAAGCUUCAAGUGUUGUUUGGCACCCUACACAUGAAGGAUUGUUUUGUUCCGGAGGCUCUGAUGGUGCUAUUCUGUUUUGGAAUGUCGGCACUGAUAAAGAAGUGGGCUGUAUUGAAGGAGCCCAUGAAUCAAUAGUGUGGACAAUGGCAUGGCAUCCCUUAGGUCACAUUUUAUGUUCUGGAUCCAAUGAUCAUACAUGUAAAUUCUGGACUCGUAACCGACCAGGAGAUCAAAUGAGGGAUAAGUAUAACUUGAAUACAUUACCACCUGGAGUACAAGAUGACAAUGAAUUGGAUGAACCGGGAGCAAUUCCUGGAAUGGGACCUGAAGAUAAAGUGGAAAUAUUUUCAACUGAUACUGACAAAGUCAUUCCUGGUUUGGAUUUAGACACUACCUUGAUCCCAAUGGAUUUUGAAAAGAAGGUGAAAAAGGUUCCUUACAGUAAGCCUAUACCAAGAAAUUUCCAAGCACAGUGGAAUCACGGACCAACAAUAGAUGAUGCAGCUACAGAGGCUUUAACCCAAGCACUUGUAGAGUCUGUCCCUGGUGCUGUACCCCUUCAACAAAUUCAACCAACGGCAAUUUUUAUUUAUGGCAAACUUAUUCCCGUAGAACCUGGAUCAAAACUAGAAAAGGCUAUUUCAGAUGGGCCAGUAGCUUUAAAAAAGUAUAUUGCUACUGGUGAAUUAGAGGAUCUGCAAGAUAUGAUGCCCCACUUAGAAGAUGAUGCAGAUGAAGAGAAUUUCACUCCAUUCGAGUAUCCCACAAAUGAUAAUGAAACUGAAUCAACAGAAGAAGAAAAUAAGGAAAAAGAAGAUUAUGAAGAAGAUCAGUAUUAUGACAAUGAUAUGGACACUAGUGAUCAAAAUAGUCAAGAAAAUUAUAACAAUUAUGAAAAUGGUCCUGACAGAAGUAAUAUGCCAAUGACCAACAUGCCACCUAUGAUGGGACCCCCAAUGAAUAUGGGAAUGAGACCACCUAUGGCCCCUCCAAUGCACCUUGGACCAAUGCAUAUGCCUCCACCACAUAUGGGCAAUAUGCCUCCCAUGCAUCCCAUGGGCAACAUGCCUCCUCCCAUGGGAAAUAUGCCACCUAUGGGUAAUAUGCCUCCUCGUCCACCAUUCCCAGAUAAUGGAUAUAAUAAAGGUCAAUUUGAUUCAAGCUAUGAUAGUAAUCAGUCAUACAACCAAGAGAAUGAUGAUUACAAUGAUGAAGAUCAGAGUUAUGAUGAGGAAAAUUAUAAUGAGGACGGAGAUAAUGAUGAGAGCUAUAGGCAAAAUCAGAGGUGGAGUGGUGGUUUUAGAGGUAGAAUCCAAGACCAAGGGAGGGGACGUGGUAGAGGCCAAGAUAGAGGGAGAGGGCAAGACAGAGGAAGGGGGAGAGGUAUUAAUGGAUUUGGUGUGAGAGGGAUGCGCGGCAGGGGCAUGGGACAACGUGGCUCAAAUUGGGGACGACGAGGUGGUGGGGCUAAUCGAUCCUUUAGAAGGGGUGGGAAACAACCCAAUUAGUUAUCACUCUU